CUCUCUCUCUCUCUCUCUCUCUCGCUCUCUCUCUCUCUCUCUUCCUCUUUCUCGCUCUCUUUCUCUCACAUUUCCGAUAUGAAUGCACUCAUCGCCCUUGCAGUCUGGUGCCAACCCCACGGUCCAGUCACGAUCCUCACCACACAGCAUCGACGACCAACUUCAUCCUCUCUCUGCAACGGCAAACGCCCCGUCAAAGAUAGCUCCACACAACCCAGCACCAGCACCAGCAACAGUAGUAGCAACGGCCAUUUAGAUGCCGGCAACGAUACCCCACACAAAUCACCAUCCGUUCCACAGCAGAAUGAAGCCCAUUCAAAAGACUCUGUAUCAGCAGCACAACCUCCCAAAGAUAUCUCAAGUUCCAACUCCUCGCUCGACACCCAGGCACGUCCGACCUCUGCUUCCCCCCCAACCUCAACAACCGAUACAACAGCCACGACAGCAACCUCCGUCUCCUCGAACUCACACACUCUGGAACCCAAGAAAUCGAGGCGAUCUCUACAUCAGCAAUCACCUAGUACUAAUUCGGGCCCCAGUCCUGUCGGUGGACGCCCUUCGUCAGCACACCCAGCCUUAUCGCCCCCAAGCAACGCCAGCAGCAAUUCGUGUGAAUGUCAAUUCAGUGUGCCUAGUGGGGAAAAGUCGCUCCACUCGGUCGAUCCUUUCAACAAGGAGUUGUCGUAUAUCAGUCAGCCUGCUCCCGUGGAUGCGAGUUUGUUUGCACCUAUCCGUAUUGCCUGCAUUCGAUCACUCAACUCGGAGACGUACUGCGGACGAGAGGGCUCAGUGUUCUUUGGCGACGGCAUGAACGGUUACGUGCUCUCGUACAUGUUUACGGUGUAUGAUGCACAAUCUCGAGGGCACCGGGUCAAGUACACGAUCAUGACUAUGAUGACCGACCGUGUCUAUCUCGUCGCCAGUAUGGAGUAUCUAAUCAGCCAGUUUCAAGUGAUCGCGUCCAACCUACAGUCGAUGGCGAACGCCCUAUGCUCUCAACAACCCUCGCCUGCGACGAGAUCUUUCUCCUUUUCCUCAUCCCAUCAUCGAGGAUCCAUCAUGCCCGAGAAUGCGCCGACAAAGCGAGGACGACCCCUGACGGACGUAUUGGCAAAGCCCGAUAUCUUUGUGCAAUUACACGCGGCGUUUGUGUCGGUGCUGAGUAAUUGUAGUCGACGGCUGACGGAGCGGCAUGUACAGGGACGACCGAAUAGUGAGUGCUUGCUACAUGAACGGAGUCAGGAACAGCAGCAGCAGGAAAGUCAAGGAUCAUCAACAGAGACCGGAGAUCAAGUAUCGUUGAUCAAUUCAUUACGGGAUCUAAGGCGCGCGCUGGGACAACAGCCGUUCAAUCGACUCGUGUGGAACGGCGUUGUUGGAAACCAGGUCAUUGUGCGCGGCGAAGAUACCAAGAUCGUGCAUGAGAUCAUUCGAUCCUUAGAGGAUGUAUUACCGAAGGAUUGCUGCACGAUUAUCACGGACGGAUCAAGCUACGAACCCAGUUAUGCAUGCAACAUCCUCGGCCUCGAUCGAUCGAUCCCCAUACCCCCGGACUUGGAUCCACAGGACUUUAUUUUACUGGAUAUCUGUCCCAUCGAUCCUGACAACCAGAUUCCAACGCCCCCUAUCUCUCUCCCAACUGAGAAUAAGCUCAAGAUCGGAACCACAACAACGACAACGUCUCCAGGAUAUCAGGCGGACUGGUCCAGUGCUACGCUUGUUGCAGACAUGGAGGCGCUUUCAACACAAAUGGAGAACACUACGGCCGCGGAUGGGAAACUAUUGGACGGCCAGGCAGAUGGAACGAGGUUACCGACAUCGCUGCCGACUGAGGAUUCUUCUUUGCACAAUAACAGCGAUGAUAUGCGACAGAGAUAUCUGUUGCAGGCCGGCGAGGAACCGCCCGAGGCGCUAGAGCCGCCAGGGUUCGGGGAUAUGAAUGGGCUGGAUGCUUUGGGGAAGCGGAUGCACCAACAAUCGCCGCCUUCGCCGCUUCUGCAACACCAGCACCAGCAGCAGCAGCAGCAGCAGGGUGUGUGUGCACUAUAUAUUGAGACGGUGAAUGAGAUUUUAGACUUGAAGAUGCCAAGAGCGAUCGAGUCGAAGCGGCUAGCGCUACUGAGAGAGGAAUGGAUUAGUAAAUCGAUCCAGUUUCAUAACCUGUACAAGGCUGGCAAGGCGUCGAAUGAGGCUGUGGUGGAACGGUUUUUGAGGUCCUUGAGGGUUGAUCGGCGGGAUCUGAAGAUCUUGAGGUUCUUUACACGGUGUGCGAAAUCGAGUACUUUCCAGGCGCAGAAAUAUCGAAGCGAGGAUCCUAUCGCUGUCGCUGUUAAUCAGCAACAACAACAGCAACAGCAACAAGAGCAACAGCAGCAAUAGGAGUAGUGGAGAAGAAUAAAG